AAAUACAUUAAUUGGUUUCAAUUACAAUUACAUAUUUAAUAAUUAUGUAAUUACAAACAAGCAUUUAUUUGCUUUCAAUUAGAUAGGUGGUAUCCCUGUCACCAGAAUGUGAUAUUGAACUUAGACCCAAAAUUUGCCUGAAAGGGGUGGAUCUGCAAAGCUGCACCCAUUCUGCAGAGAUUCACAAAUUCAAAUGGAGGUAAAUUUAAAAGGCAAACUGGACAGAUAACUCAAUCAUUUUUUUAAGUAACAUUACACUUUGCAGAUGCUUCUCACUGAACAAGGGGAGUAAAAAAAUAGAUAAUUUAAUUUUAAUUUCUUUUAAAUGACGAGAGUGAUUAGAUCAUGUUGACUGCCUCAACCAAUGACACACUGUCCUACCCGCCAAGCUAAAGUAAAAUAUUUCAAUUAGUUUGUGUGUGUUCUAGCAUGCUUACAUUAUUUAUGAAUUUAAAUAAAUAAAUAAGCUGAAAAACUUAGAGUGGUUAUAAAGAAUUUCUAAGUUUGAACUCAUCUGAAAAUUCUGAGUCCUGGGAAAGUCCUAAAAGUGUCUGAACAGUGUCUAAAGUCCAGAUGGUCAUUAUAUGUCUUAGGUCCCCCCUCUAAUAAAGAGAGUUCAAACACCGUAACUAAUGUUAUGUGUAACAAGACACACUUCUUUUGUUCCCUUGCUGUGGUCAGUCAAUGAACAGACUGUGGGAAAGGAAGAUAGGCCUCUCACACACAGCGCAUGGGAACCACAGUGAAAGACCAGUGCCUUCUGUCUUCAGGCCUGCUGCUACAGGUGGUUUAGAACAGAGGAAUCACAGUAACAAUACCACUUCUAAUUCAACUUAAACAUACAACACACCUCAUAUCUGCUAUAGUAGAGAAUACUUCUAAAAAUGUACCUUUUAAAAAUUAAAAAGUGCUAAAAUGUCUGAAAAAUAUCAUAAGGUGCUGUGCAUAGUAAGACCAUUCUCCUCACAACCACAAGUUUGAUUUCCCAAGUUUGUUUGUGACACUAAAAGACUGAUUGUUUGUUUUACAACAAAGAAGCAAUUAACAUUUUCAAUGAAGUAAUUUGUGAAUUGUUUGCACUCUUUAAGGACAUGAAUGUCCUCAAACACAAACUCACAGUAUUUCCAUACUAUACAUGCAAACACAAACACACACAAUAUAUGUAGCAGAAGCACGUCUUUGCUCUCCAUUACAAUACAGUAUAUUAAUAUUAUUGUUAACGAAAACUAAAAACACUUAAACCAGUUAAAAAGAAAAAAUUGUCACUUGAAAAAAUAAAUGUUACCUAAACAAUAAAAUACAAAAACACUUAUUCAAUAUCAGCUAGUUGCCAAGGCAGUCAACAAUUCUUAUUUUCAUUUACUUAUUUAACUAUAAGAAGGCUACUAAAAUAACAAACUAAAACUGAAACUAAUAAAUAAAAGUUAAUAAAAACUAAAUAGACAUUACAAAAACAAAAUAAAAAUGACAAAACACGACAAAACUAAAACUUUAAAAUUAAAAAUAUACAAUUCAAAAUAUUACCAAAAAGCUACAAUAGUACAUCAAUGAUACUAAUAUUAGUUUUCAUUUGAUAUCAAAGAAUAGUAGGCUACCUCCAAAACUAGGCUAUAGGAAACUGCAUUAAAGUUACAUAUAUCGUCCAGUAUUCAUAUUUAAGACGGAGACAAUGGACAUAUAUAUAUAUAUAUAUUACGUCUUCUGAAGAAAAUGUGAAUGCUGUCAAAUUCACGAGGGCGUUGCUCUGCUAUUGCUAACCUGUUCUGAGGGACUUCCAAGCAUGUUUGUUUAAAUAGAAAGCACCAUUAAUAAUCUAUAUUCACCUGUACUUCGUUGCCACAGUAAAACACUUUACUUACGUGCUUUCCUUUUGUCUUUGACUGUGUCUUUCCCACAGUUGUGACAAUAGUAGGCGAAUUCUGACCCUUUUGGCGCCUGCUGGUCGUGUGAUCGGGGCAGUUAAGCAGUAAGAACAGCAGGCCGCACAAUGAACCUCACUGAUCUCAGCAUGAGCUCCUGGCGCGUGCUGACAGUGACCAUGAAGUGAAGACACGAAGACAUAAAAUGAGCUGAACAAGUGAACUUUUUAAUCACGUUACAAAACGAACUAGCAUUAUUUCGCCUCACAUAAAUAACAGAAGAAAAGCAAGCUGUUUCAGCACGGACAUGGCACCACAUUCAGCUACACUCUCCUCUUUUGACCAUCUUCGCUUCAGUGAUAAGGACAAAAUAAAGCUGAGGAAGCCAGUUGUUGAAAAGAUGCGCAGGGACCGCAUCAACAGCUGCAUCGACCAGCUCAAAUGUCUCCUGGAGAAGGAGUUCUACAGCCAUGACCCCAGCACCAAACUGGAAAAGGCCGAUAUCCUGGAAAUGACUGUCAGCUUUCUCAAACAGCAGUGGCGGCAGCAGCAGCAGCUUCCUCAGAGGGACUACAAUGAAGGCUACUCUCACUGCUGGAAGGAGUCUGUCAACUUUCUCACUCUUCAUUCCAACCGAGGAGGAUCUGGCCGGGAGCUCCAGCACCUCCACAACGCCCAGCGAGCGAGCUGUGCUACUGGCUCCGCUCCAGCAGCACCCUCUUCCAAACUGAGCACGGCCGGUUUGCAGCCAUCUGACAGCAGGAGAGAUGGAGUCUGGAGACCCUGGUAGAGAUGCUGUGAACUGUAAACCCUGAGGGACAGUAGUAUUAACGUCUCUCAUAAAAGUAGGAGAUAUGCAUUUCCAAAGUGUAUGUUUGUGUUGUCAUCAUAUUGAUCGGCAAAAACUUUAGACGAACAUGUGUUUGUCAGUGGAAGGAGGUGGAUUAACUAUGUACAGCCUUUUUCUGUAUUAAUAGCUCUUAGUUUGAUUCUUACCAUGUUAUUACUUGUUUUUUUUGUAUGCAUAUUUAAUUGAGGUUGACUCCAGUGGAGUUUUAUGUAUCAGACCUUUGAACUGAUAUUGUACUUAGAGUAUUGCACUGAGAAUUCUGCAUUGUUGUUUAGGUAAGGCAUGCAUGUUGUACCUUUGAUAAAGGAUCCGGUUCGUUGUCUUGACCAAUGAUGUUUGUUUUUAUUGUAUUUUUUGCAAAUGAGCUCUUAUAUCAAAUAUUUUCUGUUAAUAAAAUUCUACAUUAUCAAUGAA